AUGAGAAUAAAUUUCUUCAAAGAAAAAAACAAGAUAAAAUUGAACAAAAAUCUUGAUUUUGAUUCUGAUAAUGCCUUGUCAAAUGUUAACAAUGAGUCAAACAAUUAUUUAACGGCGAACAGCGAUAACGAAUAUGAUCAUUACGGGUUUGAAAAAAAUAAAGAAUUUACUGCUGAGUCUACAACUGAUAAGCGAGCCUUAGAAAAGCAUAGGAAAAAAAUAGAAAAAAGGUGGAAGUUAUACUUUACUUUUAAAAGAGAUAUAAAAAAAAGUUACUAUCUAAAAACAUUAAUUAGAAAAGGAAUACCCGAUAAAUUAAGGCCCGAUAUAUGGCCAUACCUGUUAGAUAGUAUGGUGUUGUACCUGAAAUAUCCCACCAUAUACGAAAAAUGUUUAAACAGUGAAUUAGAGCCAAAGGUGCUAAGCCAAAUUGAGCUGGAUAUUAUACGAACCUUUCCGCAUAAUAAAAACUAUCGAAUGAACUCCCCAGGGUUAAUUCAGUUAAGGAAUGUUCUACAUGCCUUUGCGGUUUAUAAGCCCAAAAUAAAUUAUUGUCAGAGCAUGAAUUUUAUCGCUGCCAUUGCACUAAUAUUUUUAAAGGAGGAAUUGUCCUUUUGGUCUAUUGUUCAGUUAAUUGAUUCGGAUUACUCUCAUGAGAAAAUUAACAUAAGUGAUUAUUACAACAACGAAAUGAGAGGAUUACGCAGGGAUAUUAUUGUUAUAGAAGAGUUGGUUAGAACAAAAUUGCCGGAAGUACACUUGCGCUUAAAAGAAUUGGAUGUUGAUCUAUCCUGGAUAUGUUCAGAAUGGCUUUUGUGUUUAUUUUGUACGGCUUUUCCGAUAACGACAACGUUACGUAUUUGGGACUGCCUAUUCUAUGAAGGCGAUAAAAUAAUAUUCAGAAUUACUUUAGCAUUGUUUAAAAUGAAUCAAGAAAAAUUAGUUGAGCUAAAUUCAUUAGAAUCCAUCUUAUUGUUAUUUAAGGAAACCACCAAAAAUAUGGUGGAAUGUGAUAAAUUAAUGUAUAUUGCCUUUAACGAAAUUGGUGUACUAAAAAAAAAGAGCAUAAGGAAGUUAAGGCUGAAAGCUGAAGAUCUUAUUAAGAACGGUUUAGCCUAA